CGCCCGCCGGUCCGCCCGCUCGCCCGUGUGCCAGUCUCCCUGUCCCUUUUCGCCCGACACCGCGCGAGUUUCAGAAGAGAGGCAUCAUGUCGAUUCUCGAGGACAUCGACGCGUUCAUCCUGCAGAACACCGUCCCGGUGCCGCCGGCCCUUAGCCGAGUGUCUCUGGAGGCGCUGAACUCUUCCAAGAGCACUUCCCCGCCCAACGGCCCGUCCGAUCCCUCCAUGCCGGGGUCCAUGGGGAACCCGAUGCUUCCGUCGCCGGCUGGCGCGACGGCGGCGGCGGCCGCCGCCACCCCGGCUCCCGCGCCGACUGCCCUGCCGCAGGCCCUCCCCCCGACGGGCGGCCUCCCGGCCGCGCAUGCCAGUGCCUAUGGCUCGCUGCCUGGCCCGGGGGGCAUGGGCGCCCCCGCCGGUGCCGGCACCCCUGGCAUCCCCCCGCCCGGGGCUCUGACUCCCGGCAGCGGCAUGUCCAGCCCGUAUGGCACGAUGAACACCGCGGCGGCGGCCGGUGCUCCCGGUGGUGGGGCCGCUGGCGCUGGGAUUCCCCCGCCCGCCGGGCCCUAUGGUACCAUGGGUGCCGGGAUGAACCCCUAUGGCACCAUGGGUGCCGGGAUGAACCCCUACGGCACCAUGGGUGCCGGGAUGCAUCCGUACGGCACCAUGAGCGGUGCUCCUGGUGGCCCUGGCGGUCCGUAUGGCACCAUGGGCGGCCCUGGCGGCAUGGCCGGCGCCGGCAUGUAUCCCUAUGGCACCAUGGGUGGUCCGGGCGGUCCGGGCGGCCCGUACGGCACCAUGGGCGCCGGCGCCAACCCCUAUUCCACCAUGGGCGGGCCAAACCCCUACGGCACCAUGGGUCCGGGUGGCCCGGGCGGCCCCUAUGGCACCAUGGGCGGCGGGACCACCGCCUCCGGGACCACUCCCUCCGGUGCCGGGUCCUUCGGUGGGCCUGGUGCCUCCGGCUACAUGAGCCUCGGGCGGAACUCCACCAUGGGUGGUGCUGCCGGUGCCGUUGGUGCUGGCAGCCCCACCGCCGCGGCCACCGCUGCCGGUGCUGCCCUUGCUUCCGGCCCGAGCUCUGCCCUGCAGGAGCGCAUCCGCUCCUACUCGGGUGCGGCCAUUUCUCCCACCGCCUCGGUGUCCACCUACGGCGGCCCUGGCAACCCUGGCUUUGUGCAGUCCUCCUUCCUCAACUCCGGAGGGGCGCCGGCCGCGGCCAGCCCCCCAGCUGGCGGCUCCGCCGACAGCACCCUCUUCAACCUGUCGGCCUCGACGACCACCCCCCCGGGUGCGGCUGGUGCCCAGCGUCCGCCUGCCUCCGGUGCCAUCCGUGUGACCUUCCACUCGAAGCUUUCUACCUACCCCUCGGUGAUGAAGGAGCUCCAGCCUGGGCGCCCCGUCAAGAUCGGGCGCUACACCGACGACACCCGCGGCAAUGCCUUCUUCAUCGGCUUCGACUCGCAGGUGGUCUCGCGUGACCACGCCGAGAUCAGCAACCAGAACGGCGAGAUCUUUGUCCGAGACAUCGCCAGCCGUGGUGGUACUUUCCUCAAUGACAACCGUCUGUCAGACCCUUCCAAGCAGAGCACCAUGCACAAGCUCAAGUCCGGCGAUAUCCUCCGCUUCGGUGUGGACUACAGCGAUCCGACGACCAACCGCUUCGUCAAGGCGGUCGUUGUCGAGGUCAACAUCAACACCGCUGGUGGUGGUGUCCCCUCCUCCUCAGCUGGCGCUAGCGCCCCCAUGGGUGGUGCCACCAACCUGACCAGCAUCAACGCCUACUCCUCCAACUGA